AUGCUCCAGGCUCUGCGGUACAUCAACCUGUCAAAAAACCAGCUCACAGGGAACCUCCCAGACUUCUGGUGCAUGCUCCAGGCUCUGCGGUACAUCAACCUGUCAAACAACCGGCUCACUGGGGGCCUCCCAGGAUGUUGGUGCGGCCUUCAUGCUCUAUGGUUCAUGAACCUGUCCGAAAACUUGCUCAUUGGGAAGCUCUCGGACUGCUGGUGGAAUUUGCAAGCUCUGGAGUACAUGAACCUGUCCAACAAUUCCUUCUCAGGUGAAAUCCCAGCUAUUAUGGCAGGCCACAAUUGUUCUCUCACUUUCCUAAAUCUUGCCAAAAAUGCCUUUGGUGGAACCUUCCCACACCUAGAGGGUUGCAACUCAUUAGCAAUCCUCGACCUCAGUAGCAAUAGUUUAAACAGCACUAUCCCGCCACAGCUCGGUGACAUCAAUAGCCUCACCGGCCUCCGACUCUACAAUAACAACCUUGUCGGCACCAUUCCGUCACAGCUCUGCGGGCUCCUCUCCGUCAGGGUACUCGAUCUAUCAAGUAACCAGCUCAUGGGCGAUCUCCCAGCCUGCUGGUGCAACUUCCAAGUUCUGCGGUUCAUGGACCUAUCCAAAAACAUGCUCACUGGGAAGCUCCCGGACUGCUGGUGGAAUGCUCUAGAGUUCAUGGACCUGUCCAGCAACUCCUUCUUAGGUGAAAUCCAUGCGGGUAAAUCAAGCCACAACUGCUCUCUCAAGUCACUGUAUCUUGCCAAAAAUGGCUUCAGCGGUGUCUUCCCACAGGUCCUAUGGGGUUGCAAGUUGCUAGUCACCCUAGACAUCGGGAGCAAUAGGUUCUUUGGUGCUCUCCCUCCAUGGAUUGUGAUUCAAGUUCCAUCAUUGCAAAUCCUUAGCCUCCGAUCAAAUAACUUCACCGGAGAAAUUCCUUUGGAGCUAUCACGGCUUCCACAACUCCAGUUGCUCGACAUGGCAAACAAUAGCUUUACUGGAGCAAUUCCGGUAGCCUUCGGAAACUUGACCUCGAUGAGGGAUCCAGAAAAUACGUCGACUCCGAGACGGCUCGACGGAACGAAAUACCAGGAUAGGAUCAACAUAAACUGGAAGGGGCAAGAGCUAACUUUCCAAAGAAACCUCCGUUUACUAACUGGUAUAGAUUUGUCGCGCAAUUUCUUAUCCCAGUGCAUCCCUAAGGAGCUAACCAAACUUAAGGGCCUCCGGUUUCUGAACCUAUCAAGAAACCAUCUAUCAUGCAACAUUCCAGAAGACAUUGGUAGUUUGAUUUUUCUCGAGUGCCUCGAUGUGUCAUCUAAUGAACUUACAGGAAACAUUCCUCUGAGCAUCUCAAGCUUAACGGCGCUUAGCACAUUCAAUAUCUCGAACAAUCUUUUGUCAGGCAAGAUACCUGUUGGGAGUCAGAUGCAGACCUUGACCGACCCAUCGAUUUACUCCAACAAUUCAGGGCUCUGUGGAUUUCCUCUAGAAAUUCCGUGUGCAAAUACUUCGCUUGCACCGGAUGAAAGAAAUGAUGAAGAAGUGGACCAUUGGAUGUACUACUUUGUGAUUGCUGGGAUUGUGUUUGGUUUCUGGUUGUGGUUUGGGGUGCUCUUUACAAUCAAGACCUGGAGAUGUGGUUUUCUCUUGUUUGUUGAUGGCAUGCAAUGUAAUUUUACAAAGAAUGUGUCAUAUUAG